AUGGACACGGACGGUGGUGAGAUGGAAGUUGCGCCGGUUUACGAGGAUCUCAGUCAGCAACAUGUGACAACCGAUGAAGUUUGUAUUGUUGAGCAAAACGAGGAUGCUGAACAUGCAUGGUUUGUUGCAGGCACUGCCGAAACACAGCCACAACAAUCCAAUCAGCAUUCACCUGAUGAGGCAACAUCAGCACAUAAUCCAUCGUGGGCCGAGUGGGAAAUGGUCCAAGAUGAUCCGAAAACGCAUCAGGAUUUCAUGGAUGCGGUCACCGAAGAGCGUUAUCCAGAAUAUGAAGCACCGCAAGCAUUCAUUGAACCAGACGAGCAUUUGGUUGCUGAUGACGAUAAUGAUAAAUAUCAUUCGAAUGUUAGCGUACAAGAUGAAGAUGAAAACAGUAGUCGGUCGUCGUUUGAGCUGAGUGAAAUGCGACGCAAGAUUUCGGUGAAAACAGAAUGCGAUUAUGAGAAAGAUGGUAACUCGAUCUGUCCUCCGUUACCGUCUGCAUCCACCGAAAACUGGAUUGAUCCACCAAAUAUUGCAGAAUAUUUCCCGAAAACAGCUCAUUACAAGGCUUUAGCUGGCAUUCGAUUCAGCAUUCAAUAUCUGCAGCCGUCACGAUGGGAGAGGGAAAAGGAGAAUUAUGAAAGAAAGCUAAACUACUGGAAUGAAGUUCUAAAUUGUGGAAAAGUUGUGGAUGCGAAAGAUCGAGGACGAAUCAGACAUUUGGUUCGACAAUUGAAGUGGCUCUGGUCGAAUUCAUGGACUGGAACUAGUGAUUCUGUCAUUCCUCCUGAAAUGUUAUGGCGUGCCAGAAAAGAAGAGAUGCGUCGUUUUGAGCAGUUCAUUUCACGGAAGGCAUCAAUUGUUGAAUCGAUGACUGGUGAUGACGGUGCUUCGAUCAACGAACUUGGUGCUUCGCUCGUUGAAUCCCCAGAAGCAGUCGAUAACGUUCUUUCUUGUGACGGCGAUCGACAUCUAGCAGUGCAAGAUGAAAGUGACAAACAAGCAAAUGAUAUUGCCACAGCAUUCGGUAAUAAGAGCAGGAUGCUAUUAUUGGUUGUGAUGGUGGCUCGUCAAUGGUCCGAGAUGUUGCCAAAAAUUAUCGAAGGUCCUUCAGCCACUAAGCUUGUGGAUGCAAUCGAAAAAUAUUGUACUGAGUUGAACAAAUUUUGUGAAGCACAAUCACAUCCUGGAAUACCUCUUGAUUGUCAACGUUGUGAGACAUUGUUUACGAGAGGUCAAAAGCUGAAAGAAAGAAUUCUCGAAUGCGGUUUGGGGCAUCUAUGCAAACACUGGGAUCUUUCAAGUCACAUACUUGAAAGUCAUAAAACCCUCAUCCAAAGUAUCAUAACAUGUUCAACUCCAUUCGCGAAUUUCUCUGCAACUGAUUUGUCGAAUGAGCCGAUGCCUUCCUCGGAUGAAGAUGUCAAACCCAUGCCUGCUUCAAUGGAGAGCGCUGUAUCAUCAUCUCAAGGAGAUCAGUUCAGCUUAGAAGAUAUCAUUGCUGUUGAAAGUGGAUGGCUGAACUCUUACACUCUCCUUCCAGAGUGCAAGUCCGAUCGAGUGCUGCCAGUAAUCGAUGAAUUAAAGCAACACUGUAAAGAUUAUCGUGCUCUCUUGAAAAAGCUUCUUCCAAAAGCAGUCGCGAAUGCACAUCGUUCAGCAUGCAAGACAGGAAAAAUCGACGAGUGUGUGCUGAAAUUGGAAAAUUUGUUCAAUGAAAUGCGUUCGGAAGAUAACGACUUGAAGAGGCCUCAAACAAACGAAACAGUCGAGUACGGAACCAACCAAACGUCAAGUCGGCGCGAAAAAUCGAGUCAUUCGAAAUCAACAAAAUCUUGCCGAACAUCCAGGAGUGCGCCACCUAAACGCUCCAAGAAAAGUGCGUCAAUAAUCAAAACUGAGAUCGUUUCACCGGUCAAAACCGAGCAUGUGGCUAUGCGAAAUGAACGACCCAAAAGGCACAUUCAGCUUCCUGCGAGAUAUCGUCUUGAUGAUGAACUGUUGGAAAACGAAUGGUUGGCGCGAAGUCGGAAGGAGACGUCGCAUUCAUCACAAAUCAAUCGAUCCGGAAAAUCGAUAGAAAUCAAAUCAGAACCAAAGAGUCCGUCGCCUGGUAUCCAAAAAACACCCAAGAAAGAUGCGAUGGAGAAAAUAAUUUUAAUUCCAGAUGAUGAGUCAUCGUCGGAUAAAACUGACGAAGUUGUUCGCAAGGAUAAUGAUGAUGAUUACAUAACAUUGCUGAACAAUGAAAUAAAGGAUGUGAAAUGUAUCCGCGAAAAUGUAUAUAGCGGCAAAGGUACUACACGUAAAGUGAGCUCAUAUGUGUUUCAAUUGAACGAUGGUACUCAACGAAAGGUUAGCGAACGUGCAUAUCGAAGGUGGCUUGCAUCCAACAAGAAGAGUUCACCUAGUGUCGUUCAUGUAACAUCUGAUACAGAGAGCAAUUUAUCGAAUGCGAUUAUCGUCACUGAAAAGCCAACGAAAAAGGCGAAAAAGACAUCAUCGUUAAUCAUUUCGAAUGCUGUCGAUUCAGCAGACAUACGACCAGAGGAAAGUGCUGAGACGUCAGCUGCACAGUCUUCAUCUGUUUCAUUACAGCACAAACGGCAUUCAUUAGCAACAAAAGUUUCGCAAUCGCGGUCGAAAAUUCGUAAAUCGCAAACGAAAGCUGUAAAAGAGAUCAGUGAUGAAAUGUUAUCACGUGAUAAAAAGCUUGAGAUCGAUAAAUCAGCAGUUAUUGUUGAAAAAACUGGCGUUGGGUUGGGAAAUAGUAAUGCGGAGAGAAUGGACAUCCAAGAAACGCGUCAACAAAUUUCACUCUCGACAUUGAACACUUCAAAGCAACAUUCAGCAGCAGAUCAGCUGCAACAGUCAACAACACUUUCAAAUUGUAUGAAUGUCAAAUUGAAGUCACAAAACGACUAUCUGAUGCUGAUGUCAGAAAGUGGUUUUGUUGAGUCAAUGCGUCAUACAUGGAUGGAAAUACCGUUGAAUGGUCGAUACAACGAUCAUGUAACGCAUAUCAAAACGCUUAUAAUUGCUCUCGAGAAAUGUCUCAAUGAUUCAUGCGCUACAUGGACUGAUUAUUUCGAUCAGAAACAAAUUUUACAAUCAACAAUAGACAGUUUGUUGAGUGCAUUUAACGCAGAACGAGAAAAGGCACAAUCGAAUGUGGACGCAGUCUGUGAUCGAACAGCGGCCGUGAGCAGCACACCAGAGCAACCCUCAACUACAGUCUUGUCUAAAAAAGAUGAUUCUCCAAAUGCAGCAAAACCGCACACAAACGAUGAUUGCCUGUCAGUUGAUCAAUCGCACGAAAAUGCCAGCGAAAACGUGCCGACACAGCCAGUGAACAACGAUGCGGUUUCUGAGCAUGGUCAGUUUUUGGAGGCGUCGCAAGUAACAUCCGUGGCGAAACGUGUUGUUUUCGAAGAGCAGGAUUCUCUAAAACGCGAUUCUAUAUCAAAGUCGGUAAACUCUUUCAACAGGUGGAACAAUGGAAUCGGAGAGUGUGAAAGUGAUCAAGCUUUGAUGCGUUCGUAUUCUGCGCUUCUUCUCGAUGGAAUGAAACUACUGCAAUCAAAAACAAAAAAUUCUUCAUCAAUCGCAUCGAGACGUCGUUCCAUUUAG